AUGGCACAGACCAACAGCAGUGGGCAGGGCACCAAUGGGGUAGCGGAUGAGUCCCCCAACAUGAUAGUGUACAGAAAGAUGGAGGAAGUAAUAGCACGCAUGCAGGAUGAGAAAAAUGGCAUCCCCAUACGAACAGUGAAAAGUUUUCUCACCAAGAUCCCGAGUGUUUUUUCAGGUUCUGAUAUUGUACAGUGGAUGAUCAAGAAUCUGGACAUUGAAGAUCAAGUGGAGGCUCUUCACCUAGGAACUCUGAUGGCUGCACAUGGUUACUUCUUCCCCAUCUCAGACCACGUCCUCACUCUCAAAGACGAUGGCACUUUCUAUAGGUUUCAGACUCCAUACUUUUGGCCAUCAAACUGCUGGGAACCAGAAAACACAGACUAUGCUGUUUACCUCUGCAAAAGAACAAUGCAAAAUAAAGCGCGUCUGGAGCUUGCAGACUAUGAAGCGGAGAGCUUAGCAAGGCUACAGAGAGCUUUCGCCAGGAAAUGGGAGUUCAUUUUUAUGCAAGCAGAAGCACAAGCAAAGGUGGACAAGAAAAGAGACAAAAUCGAGAGGAAAAUUCUUGACAGUCAGGAAAGAGCAUUCUGGGACGUGCACAGACCAGUGCCUGGAUGUGUGAAUACGACAGAAGUUGACAUAAAGAAGUCCUCCAGAAUGAAAAACCCCCACAAAACUAGAAAGUCUGUGUAUGGGCUGCAGAAUGAUAUCCGUACCCACAGCCCAACCCACACCCCCGCUCCAGAGGCCAAGCAGCCCACAGAAGAAGAACUGCAGGAACAGAUCACCUUCUGGCAAUUGCAGUUAGACAGGCAUCGACUGAAAAUGUCCAAAGUGGCAGAGAGUUUGCUUGGCUACACGGAGCAGUACGUUGAAUACGACCCCUUCCUCACGCCUCCAGACCCAUCCAACCCCUGGAUCUCAGAUGACACCACACUGUGGGAGCUCGAAGCCAGUAAGGAGCCAGGCCAGCAGAGGGUAAAGAGGUGGGCUUUCGGCAUUGAUGAGGUUCUCAAAGACCCUGUUGGGAGAGAGCAGUUCCUCAAGUUCCUGGAGUCUGAGUUCAGCUCAGAGAAUCUCAGGUUCUGGUUAGCGGUCCAGGAAUUAAAGAAGCGUCCAAUCAGAGAAGUUCCCACUCGAGUUCAAGAGAUCUGGCAGGAGUUUCUGGCUCCCGGUGCGCCCAGUGCCAUCAACGUGGACUCCAAGAGCUACGACAAAACCACCCAGAAUGUUAAAGAUCCCGGACGCUACGCCUUUGAGGAUGCACAGGAACACAUCUACAAGUUGAUGAAAAGCGAUUCUUACAGCCGAUUCAUCCGUUCCAGUGCCUACCAGGAAUUAUUACAGGCCAAGAAGAAGAAAAGUAAGAACUUGUUCUGA